AUGGCCCAGGAAGUGAAAGGAGAUGUGUGGAAAGAAAUGAAAGUGCGUGACAUAAUUUUCUUGGCCAUGGCAAUGGGUUUGGGAAGUCACUUUCUGGAAUUUCAACGUCAAAAUAAAGAACGAGGUGGGAGAAGGGAAGUUGAAUACGUUGAUUAUAAGCUUUUUGAGAGGUAA